AUGGAGGGGGUCCUGUACAAGUGGACCAACUACCUGGCAGGUUGGCAGCCUCGGUGGUUUGUUUUAGACAAUGGGAUAUUGUCAUACUAUGAUUCACAGGAUGAUGUUUGCAAAGGCAGCAAAGGAAGUAUAAAGAUGGCUGUGUGUGAAAUAAAAGUUCAUGCAACAGACAACACAAGAAUGGAACUAAUCAUCCCAGGGGAACAGCAUUUCUAUAUGAAAGCAGUUAAUGCAGCUGAAAGGCAAAGGUGGCUGGUAGCACUGGGGAGUGCAAAAGCCUGUUUAGCAGAUACCAGGACAAAAAAAGAAAAAGAAAUAAGUGAGACCAAUGAAUCUCUUAAAACUAAAAUGUCUGAACUUCGUCUCUACUGUGAUCUUUUAAUGCAGCAAGUUCAUACAAUACAAGAAUUUGUUCACCAUGACAAGACUCGCUCUCCUCCCAGCAUUGAGAACAUGAAUGAAGCCUCUUCCUUACUUAGUGCCACAUGUAAUACAUUUAUCACAACGCUUGAAGAGUGUGUGAAGAUUGCUAAUGCCAAGUUUAAGCCAGAAAUGUUCCAGCUGCCUCACCCUGAUCCUUUAGUUUCUCCGGUGUCACCAUCACCUGUCCAAAUGAUGAAGCGUUCUGUUAGUCACCCUGGUCCUUGCUAUUCAGAUAGGAAUAAUUACUUCAUAAAAGAACCAAUUUCAUCUGUUCCUAGAUUUUCACAGCGGCGCAGAAGAACAUACUCUGAUACAGAAUCUUACAGUGAUACUCCUUUUGAAGAUUCUCAGAGAUCUGCUCACUGUUCUAGAAGUGCUGUCAAUGGAGAUCUGGUAUCAUCAGCCAUUCCUGAGGAAAAUAGAUCCGUAUCAAAGGAAAGAUCUGAACUGGAAGAGACUCUUUCAUCCUUUUCUUCCUGAAGAAACUGAAAGUAUACAAUUUUCUAUAAAUAAUGCUAUGCAAAAGCUGCUGUAAUUAUACUGUUGU